AUGGAUCCUGACGCUCCGGAAGAGCAGCAGUUUACAUUCCGCGCGGUCUUCGUGGGAUGUGCCCUCGGUGCAGUCAUCUCUGCAAGCAACGUGUACCUCGGUCUCAAGACGGGCUGGACGUUCGGAGCAUCUCUCUUUGGAUCCAUCUUCGGAUUUGCCAUUUUGAAGUCGAUGUCUAAGGCACUCCCCGACCGUCUAGGUGGCGGUUAUUUCGGGCCCAAGGAAAACAUCUGCUGUCAGAGUGCUGCCACCGCGGCGGGAUCUCUAGGGCUGUUGUUCACCUCAGGCUUCCCGGCAGCAUAUCAACUUGGCUUACUGGGUGAAAAUCCUGUGGCGGACUAUGGCCGUCUGAUCACGUUCACACUCGGCUGUGCCUACGUCGGGAUAUUCUUUACCAUGCCUCUUCGACGACUGUAUAUCCUCAAGCUCAAGCUUCCCUUCCCGAACUCUGUCGCUGCGGCAUACACGAUUCGCUCGCUGCACGUCGGCCGCCACGCCGCCGCUAAUGCCCGAAAGAAGACCUUGGCUCUCGUGACCUCUUUCCUCUUGGCGAUUGUAUGGCGAGUUACUAGCGAGUACGCACCCGGCAUAAUGUGGGACUGGCACUGGGGUUGGUGGUUCUACAGCGCGGGAUGGAAGUGGAUCAUUGCGGCCGAGAAUUGGGGCUGGAUAUGGGAGUGGACGCCAGCAUUUAUAGGCGUAGGCUUGCUCGUUCCGCUCACUUCUUCAAUCUCCUUCGUAGGCGGCUCCGCCCUUGCUUGGGCAAUCAUAGGUCCUGCGCUUGUCGCAACCAACGUAGCGUUCGGUAUUCCGGCCACCAAGACGGGCGAGUUCCCGGAGUAUCUCAACUACGCGAACAUGGUGCUAGACGACCCGGUCAAUGCGCCCUCUCCGAAGUACUGGAUGAUCUGGCCCGGAUGCGCCGUCCUCCUGUGCUCCAGCCUGGCAGAGAUCGUCGCGAACGGAGGUGCCGUACUCCGGAGCCUCUCGGUAGGGUUCGGACCGACGGCAGAAGCUGUCAAGGGGUUCAUCCUCAGGAAACCCCGUGAAGGAGGAUACACCGACGGAGCCAAGGUAGACGAGUUCCCAGACCCCGCCCCGCUCGAUGAACAAACGCCAUGGUGGAUGUGGACUGGCGGCCUGACCAUAGGGAGCAUCAUCACCAUUAUCAUCAUGCGCUACCAAUUCGGCCAGAACGCAGGAGUGACCAUCCUCGCCAUCCUCAUCUCGUUCAUCUUCUCGCUCAUCGGCGCAGAGUGCGCGGGGCGCAUCUCCGUCAUCCCUGUGACAACCUUCGGGAACUUCGCGCAGCUCGUGUUCGGGGGCGUCUCGAAGGGCAUGGGUGUAGCUCCCGCCGCAAAUCAGCUCAACAACGGCUUGACGGGUAUGAUCACCCUCGCUGUAUCAGAGCAAGCUGCAGACAUGCUUGGUGACCUGAAGACAACGCAUCUGCUCGGCGCAUCCCCGCGCGUCCAACUCUAUGCCCAAUGUUGUGGCGCGCUUGUGUCCAUCUUCCUGUCUGCGGGGAUGUACGUCGUCUUCGUCAAGGCGUAUCCAUGCAUCAACGAGCUCAGCACGACGACCUGCGCCUUCCCCGCCCCGGACGUCGGAGCAUGGCGAGCCGUCUCAGUCGCGGUCUCCUCUCCCUCCUUACCUGUCCCUCGCUCGUCUGGCAUCACCGCACUCUGUCUGGGUGCUCUGACAAUCAUCUCGACGUUCGUCAAGUUCCAAUUCGUCCGACCCGAGAGGCGAGUCUGGUUCCCGAACUGGAACGCGGUCGGCAUCGCGUUCAUCCUCGGUCCGCUGUGCACGUACCCCAUGGCGAUGUUGUUCGGCAGCCUUGUCGCUCUCAUCUGGCGCAAGUACUGGCCGGUAGGCGCGAUGAUGUACUGCUAUGCGGUCGCGGCGGGCAUGAUAGCCGGGGAGGGUUUGGGAGGCAUCGCGAACGCGGUAUUGCAGAUCGCAGGGGUGUCGGGCGCAGCGAAGGGCACCAGUGUGGGGUGCCCAGCGAACGUGUACUGUGGAUAA